AUGACGGCGGCCGCCGCGGCGGCGGCGGCGGCGUCGGGGAUGGUGAUGACGGAGAAGCCGAUGAUAGCGCUGCUAGCGCUGGUGGCGUCGGGGGCGCUGGCGCAGCAGUACAGCAGCGGCAACUACGUGGACAACGACUACGACUACGAGCAGGGGGCCGCUCCCGCGCCUGCGCCCCGGCCCGCGCCGCAGCGCUCGUACUCGCGGCCCGCGCCGCCCCCGCAGCCCCUGCGCACGUCCUUCUCGUCCGCGGCCAACGCGCCGCGCCCCACGCCCGUGCCCAUCCUCAAGCAGAUCAACAGGAUUGGAUAA